CACAAGAACGGUAAGCCAAACGCAGGGAGAGGUCAAUGGAGUAAGAACCAAUAGAGUCGGAUAAGAGACAAAAACAGAAACAGAAAGCGGAUCAAACGAAGCUAUCCCGAUCGAUCCAGGAAGAUCGUCAUGAUUCUUACAAAAUGCUUACCCUUGAUAUGGCUAUCUCUACUUACUGUGUGUGCUGGGAGGCCAUUGUACCCUCUCCCUGGUAAAGAACCUCAAACUGGUAAGCUUCCACUUCAGACUUCACGUCCCUAUAACAUCGCACACAGAGGUUCCAACGGAGAGAUCCCUGAAGAAACUGCAGCUUCUUACUUGAGGGCAAUUGAAGAGGGUACAGACUUUAUAGAAACAGAUAUCUUAUCAUCUAAAGAUGGUGUGCUUAUACGUUUCCAUGAUGUUAUCCUUGACGAGACAACCAAUGUUGCCACCUACAAGGAGUUUGCUGAUCGUAAAAAGACAUAUGAGGUGCAAGGAUUCAACGUCACUGGCUUUUUCCCUUUUGAUUUUACUCUCAAAGAACUGAAGACACUACGUACAAAACAGAGAUAUGCUUUUCGAGACCAGCAAUAUAACGGAAAGUACCCUAUCAUUACAUUUGAAGAAUUCAUUGCCAUUGCUCGGGAUGCUCCAAGAGUUGUUGGGAUUUAUCCUGAGAUCAAAAAUCCUGUUUUAAUGAACCAGCAUGUCAAAUGGCCUGGUGGUAAGAGAUUUGAGGAUAAAGUUGUGGAGACACUAAAGAAGUACGGGUAUGGAGGCUCAUAUUUGUCCAAGAAGUGGUUAAAAAAACCAUUAUUUAUUCAGUCAUUUGCACCAACUUCACUCGUGUACAUAUCAAAUUUGACAGACUCGCCAAAAGUCCUCCUAAUAGACGAUGUUACCAUGCCAACACAAGACACUAACCAGACAUACGCAGAAAUUACAUCAGAUACGUAUUUUAACUACAUUAAGCAAUAUGUUGUGGGGAUCGGACCAUGGAAGGAUACAGUUGUUCCAGUAAAUAACAACUAUAUGCUAGCCCCAACAGAUUUGGUCAAAAGAGCUCAUGCACAUAAUCUACAGGUGCAUCCAUAUACGUACAGGAAUGAACACGAAUUCUUACACUUAAACUUUAGCCAAGACCCAUAUAAGGAGUACGACUACUGAGAGAUUGAACCAUCACCCGUGAAGACACAAGGUAAUGUAGCCGAUGACUUUGGUGAUGAACAUUGUGAGGACCAGUGGAAUCCAGCUUAUAGUUUCUCAGAAACCACAUCAAGCUUUUCGCCAGAGAUAAACCGUAAGAACCAUGAUGACUGAACUCUAACCAUGAUGAAGCCAGCCAAGAUUAUAUCGCAUCGCUCUGUGAGAACCCGGAUCCUACCACUGAUCAUAGAUACAUCUCUGAGAUUCUAUUAGCUUCGGGUCUUCUCCUCAGAGACCUUGGCUCAGGAUUGACAACCUUUCAGCUACACCCUUCUGGCCACCCAAUCAAUCCCGAGCUGUUCUUUGUUCUUGAGCAGACAAAGGGAAGCAGCACUAUGCAUUUACACAAAGAGGAAAGUAAGGUUCUGAAAAA